AUGUCCUCUCUGAUCGGGCAGACGUUUCUCUCCUUUGAGGAAGCCUACGAUGCCAUCCAGCGGGCAGAAUAUUCGCACGGCUUCAUCACCAUAAAGGAACGGGUCAACCGCCGCAACGGCGUCGUCGUGCGUGGCGAGGUUCGGUGUCGGCACAGCGGCAUCUAUCGCCAGUACCAUCUGAGCCGCAACAAGUACAUCACCUCGACUCGAAAGACCGACUGCCCCUUCUUCUUCAUCGUCGCUCGGCGCACCCGAAUGGCCGACUACAUCAUCUCUGCGCGGUCGAGCCAGCACAACCAUGAGCCCGCCAGCAUGGAGGACCUGCAGAACAAGGUGCCCCGUCCCUUUGGCAUCCAGGACCUGUUCCAGAUGGUGGAAUCUCGCCUGGCCGCCGAGGGAGCGUCGAUGAGCACCAUUGCUCGUGACAUAUGCAACGAGCGCCCCUCGGUCAACAUCUCCGAGGCUGACAUCUUCUUCAUCCAACGUAAACUGCGCGAAGGCCAAUUCUACGCCUCCACUGAAGCCUUUAUCAAUAAUAAUAAGCCCCCCAAGAAGAACUGA